GGUAAAUAAGUAGUUGGUUUAUAUUGUAAAUUGGUUAUGGAUUCUGGAAAAAAAAAUAAAAAAAGGGAAUUUCUCGUCCUCCACCCCAGUUCAGCCCCAACACCACUGGCUGCUCUCUAGUCCGGCCUCCGGACGCCCCUGGCUGGUCCCUCCAGUGUUCCCCUCGACGCCGCGACUGCGCCUCCGCCGCCAGAUUCCAUGGUGAAGUAGUUUAAUAUUUUCUGGUUGACAAAGCACAUUAUGAUGCAGAGGCUGUGGGUGGAGGAUAUGAUCUGGUUGCAUUUGAGUAUUGGGGCAUUGGAACACUGAUAAGUUUUGGCUGCUUAUCUGGAGUUGGAUUGCUGCCUGCAACACCUGAAGUUUUUAUCAUCCAAUGCUAAAUGUUUCAAAAGCAUCUUCUUCGCUCAACCUCCAGAACUCUCUCUUCCCUUACUGUUUCUGCUUCUACAUUGGCCUUAACCCAUUAUUCCCAUUACGUUAUUGAGGAGGUUUUAGCAUCCAAACUUGCACCAAUCUUACUACAGUGUACUUCUCUUUCGGGCAGUUCUGUCUCAGUUCUUCAAAAAGGCUAUCAAAUUCAUGCCCAAAUAAUUGUAAAUGGAAUGAAAAACAUGGGUGUUUUAGGGUCCCGAGUCCUGGGGAUGUAUGUUCUCUGUAACAGAUUUUUUGAUGCAAAAAAAUUGUUUUGGCAGCUUAAUCUAUACUAUGCGUCUCCUUGGAAUUGGAUGAUCAGAGGGUUAACUGUGAUGGGUCAUUUCAAUUAUGCACUUAUGAUUUACUUCAAGAUGCUGGGUUUUGGUACUUGGCCUGAUAAGUACACUUUUCCUUAUGUGAUUAAGGCCUGUGCGGGUUUGCAUGCAGUCAUGUUGGCAAAAUCAAUACAUCAAUGGAUUUUUAGUUUGGGUUAUGAGUUAGAUAUAUUUGUCGGGAGUGCUUUGAUUAAGCUUUAUGCUGAAAAUCGUUGCAUGAACGAUGCUCGGCAUUUGUUCAACAAAUUGCCUGUGAGGGAUAUUGUUUUGUGGAAUGUGAUGCUCAAUGGUUAUUUAAGUUAUGAAGAAUCUAUGGAUAGUGUGGUUGGAUUGUUCAUGCAGAUGAGAUGGACUGAUACUAAGCCAAAUUCUGUGACAUAUGCGUGCGUCCUUUCGCUUUGUGCUUCUGAAGGAAUGGUUGAGUUUGGGACUCAACUUCACGGUCUUGUUGUAAAGUGUGGAUUGGAAGUAGAUGCUCACGUGGCCAACACAUUGAUAACGAUGUAUAUGAAAUGCUUUUGCUUGUUUGACGGCAAGAAGUUGUUCGAUACAUUUGGAAAAAGUAAUUUGGUGCCAUGGAAUAUAAUGAUUGGUGGAUAUGUCCAAAAUGGGUCUAUAGAUGUGGCAUGGAAUCUGUUUAGUGAAAUGAUAGCUAUAGGUGUUAAACCAGAUGGCAUCACUUUUGCAAGUUUGCUACCCUCAAUUUCUGAAUCUGGAAAUCUGUGUCUAGGUAGGUCUAUUCAUGGAUACAUUUUGAGGCACAAUGUCUCCUUCGAUGUGUUUUUAAAAAAUGCACUCAUUGAUAUGUAUUUUAAGUGUAGGAGUGUUGAAAUGGCCCGCAAUGUUUUUGAGGAUAACAUGCUUGUCGAUAUUGCAAUUUGCACGUCUAUGAUUUCAGGAUUCGCUGUGAAUAGGUUGAAUCUUGAUGCCCUAGACGUGUUUAGAUGGAUGUUGCGUAAGCGAAUGAAGCCAAAUGCACUUACUCUUGCAAGUGUGUUGCCAGCUUGCACUGAAUUGGCUGCCCUGAAACUUGGCAAGGAGUUGCACGGUACCACCUUUAAACAUGGGUAUGUAGGAAAAUGCUUCGUGGGUAGUGCCUUGACAGACAUGUAUGCAAAAUGUGGAAGGUUAGACCUUUCUCAUCGAGUGUUCUCAUUGUUGUCAAAAAAAGACAUGGUUUGUUGGAAUUCCUUGAUCACUGGAUGUUGCAAGAAUGGAGAACCCGUACAAGCCAUUGAUGUUUUCCGCAAGAUGGGUGCAGAGGUAUCUAAGUAUGACUGUGUCAGCAUAUCAGGUGCUCUUUCUGCAUGUGCAGACAUAGCAGCCCUCCAUCAUGGAAGAGAGAUUCAUGGCUUCAUGAUCAAAGGUUCAUUUUACAAUGAUCUUUUUGCUGAAAGUGCACUGAUAGACAUGUAUGCCAAAUGCGGAUGCUUGCAUAAAGCACGCACCGUGUUCGAUUUGAUGAAGAAGAAAAAUGAAGUUUCAUGGAAUAGUAUCAUUUCUGCUUAUGGAAACCAUGGUCUAUUAGAUGAAUCUCUAGAAUUGUUUGUUGGGAUGGAAGAAGACGGGUUCCGGCCUGACCAUGUCACUUUCCUUGCUAUCAUAUCUGCUUGUGGUCAUGCUGGUCGGGUUGAACUAGGGAAGUGCUAUUUCAACUCCAUGAUCCAAGAAUACGGCAUCAUACCCAGAGUGGAGCAUUAUGCAUGCAUGAUCGAUUUGUAUGGUAGAGCUGGUUGUUUAGAGGAAACAUUCAAACUCAUAAAAAACAUGCCAAUUCCCCCAGAUGCUAGCAUCUGGGGUGCAUUGCUUGGUGCCUGCCGAGUCCAUGGCCAUGUUGAGCUAGCAGAAAUGGCUUCAAAGUAUCUAUUUAACCUGGAUCCACAAAAUUCUGGCUACUAUGUUUUACUAUCGAAUCUACAGGCUGGAACUGGAGACUGGGAGAGAGCAUCGAGAACAAGAAAUUUGAUGAAGGAGAGAGGAGUCCAGAAAAUGCCCGGUUAUAGCUGGAUUGAAGUUAACAACACCACUCAUAUAUUCGUUGCUGCGGAUAAAUGUCACCAAAAAUCCGCUCAUAUUUACUUCAUGCUGGAUAAUCUUCUUAGGGAGGUGCAGAUGGAGGGGUAUUAUCCUUAAACGUAUCUCCAACAUCAUGUUACUUCUACCAGUGCUGAUAAACUCUCUUAUUAAUAGCUCCCAAUGAUCCUGGAGCUCUUGAGAAUAUCGGCUCUGUACUCGAUGUGGAUGAGGAUACACUUGUGUUUGAAAGAGGACAUCAUGUUUGGUUCAAGGAAUUCGAAAGGAAAUGAAAACAUAAUGGUUUUUUCUCAUUUUCCUCACUAAAAUGGGAGAAAUGUGGUUUUCUCUCCUCUUAGUACAUUUUGUCUUCUCGUUUUUUUUCUAACUAUUCUUUUCUCUUCCUCUCCAACCAAACAUGAAAAAAUCUUUUCUCUCUCUGUUUCUUUUUCUUUUCCCUUUCAAAACCCUUGAACCAAACAUACUGUGAAAGAACCAAUUUUGAAGAGUUUGUCUGUGCAUCACUUGAAGAAACUGGUGACAUCCCUAGUGAAUGAGAGAACACAAAGUCAGCCAUAACUGUUGAACAACAAGCUGAAACAGCAAAAUCGGAGUCCAUCAGAAAAGGUAUUGAAAUCCGGUAGAUUUUUUUUUUCAGUCAGUCACUUAAAAUAUCCAGAUGGGUUUGGGGACAAAGCACCCAGAGGGGGGAACCAGCAGAAGCAUAGUACAAUUAAGCUUCUGCUUCCCAAAGGGCUAAGGUCUUGGCUCAAAACAAGGAAGCCAAUUGACACAUGAGUCGAACUUGGUGAUUUCAGUUCUGGGAAUGCUCAAACAUGCUCAAAGUUUUGUACUUCAGAACCAAAAUGGGCGAGGUAUGUGAAGCUGAACAUUCAUAAUCGUUACAGAGUGAAGUUAUAUUGUACAUUAACACUAUAUUUGGUUCAAUGAAUUUGGAAGGAAAUG